CCACUAAUAUCAGAAAGGGUGUCACUCAUUUUAUGCCACCUCCCCUCACAAUUCCUAAAACACUCUCCAUUUUACAUCUUUUAUAUGAACUUGGGUUUCUAAUUCUUUUUUAUUACGAAGGGGGGAAGACAAGAAUCAAUAGUAGUGUCUCCUCAAUUCAGUGAGAGCGGAGUUGGAAGAACACUCCUACAAUUUGCUGGUUAUGGAAGCAACUGGGAUGCAAGAAUCAAUGGAGACAACCUCUGUUUUCUCAGAAUCUGAGAUUGCCGAGAUGGAGAACUUAUUUAGGCAAGUAGGAAAAGAGGCAUUGACUCAGGAAUUCUGUAAAGAUCUUGCAAUAAGUUUUAGUUCCUCUACUUGUCGCAUCGGAAAACCAGACAUAAGUUGGGGACAGGUGGACAGUUGGUUCCAAGAUAAACAAAAGGAUUCACUUGCUUUUCCAAAUGCGUCUAUUUCAAGAAAAGUACCUGAGACGUCAAUAGUAUAUAAAGGUGGGACAGCGACAGAAAUUGCAGAGUUGGCUUUCGAGGCUAAUUCUUCUAGGGAUAAUGCAUGGUAUGACGUUGGUACAUUUCUCAGUUACAGAGUUCUUUCUACUGGCGAACUUGAAGCUCGUGUAAGAUUUGCUGGUUUCGGAAUCUCCCAUGACGAAUGGGUGAAUGUAAAAAAUCGAAUCCGUGAACGUUCAAUCCCUCUUGAACCUUCAGAGUGCCAUAAGAUUAAGGUUGGGGACCUUGUGUUGUGCUACCAGGAACGAUUAGAUUAUGCUGUAUAUGUUGAUGCACAUGUCAUGGAAAUCCAGAGGAGGUUGCAUGACAUAAAGGGAUGUAGAUGCAUUUUUGUGGUCCGAUUUGAUGAUGAUAAGACUGAGGAAAAGAUCCAGCUGGACAAGAUAUGUUGCAGGCCGAGAUAAAAGUUUGCAUUGAGAUUUGCUGCUAUAGAAAACAGGGAUCAAACUUCAGCAUUUUUCUGUAUAACAGUAGGGGAAGUGUGUUAUCUGAUGCAACAGAAAGCACCAUGUUAGUUUAGCUGUAUAAACGUGCGGAAAUUGCUACUCUUCUGUAUGAAAAACAAAAUCAAUUAGUUACCAAAUGCAGGCAUCAAUCUAUUUUCUUGCUUA